AUGCGCGCGCGUGCUGAUCAGAAGUCGAGCGAUUUUGUUUGUGUGGAGUCGUUUGUGUGCGAAGCAGUCGUUGUAUGGAGUGGGCUGUUUGUAGGAGUAGUUGCUGGCAUCAUCAGCCCAUCAAUCAGAGUAUUCAGCGGCCGUAUUUUAUUUCUCUUGAAGGGCUGGCUCUCCGACUGGACCAGAGCACGUAUUUUUCAGUUCAGCCUCUCAUUCUCGUCGGCGUGUGGGGCCCACGCAACUCGACGAAUACGCGCUCUCUGGCUCGCUCUUAUCUCGCGCUUAGGGUUUCGCCGGCGGGAGGUGGCUCCGGAGCGCGCCGCAGGCGAGGCGGCUGGGACCCGUACCCGGCCCAUCGCAAACAGAGCUCGCCGUGGCGGCGGCGACGGUGGGAGGCGGAGCUCCGCACAGAUCAUCUGCCCGCGAGUGCGCUCGGCCACGCGCCGCAAUGGGGCGACGACCGAUUCCCUUCGUGGGCGGGCACAUCAGAGAGGAUGCGGAAACUCCGGCAGAACCCUGCGCCCAGCAGGGACCACCGGUGGUGGAGGCCUCGCGAGUCAGACCCGGGAAGCGGGGGGUUCUGGUGAGAAUAUCGCGGCUCUAGGAGUGCCGUGGCUGCCCUUCGAGUUCCAGCAGCAGGCAACUUCAUCGCCGUCGUCGACUGCCUCAGCCACGCGCUCAAGAUCAGCGAGGAGAACUUAUGGCUUAGAUUCUACAGACCUGGCGUCAAUGAAGGUGGUGCUUGCAGGCAAGUUAUGCAAAAUCAAUGGGCAAUUAUUAAUUUUAGGCUUACACAAAUAUGAUGAUGGUGCCGGUCCAUAUUUUUUUGGUGCUAGAGAAUGAGGCCUGAAGACUUGCUUCGUGUCAUUGUCUGAAUUUUUAGAUUGGUGAAAAAUACCUUUGUACAUGUUCUAAUUUUCUUAGAUUUUCUUAGAGUUCUUUAACUUUGCUUAUGAGGUCCCCAAAAGUUGCUUCAUUGUAUAACCAUUGAGUUGAAUUGGUAGUAUUAGUGGAGUAGGAACGUACAUAAAUGAAUAGAUUAGGAGAGGCGAUGGUGGGUCUGAUUGUAGUAAGAAAAUUGCUCGACAUGUUAGUCUCUCUAUUGUAUUGACGGGAGUGAUUUAUAUAUAUGGAAGGUAGCAUUUGCUGAUUCUA